CAACCUCAGAUCACUGAAUAUUGAAGAAACACAACAAUGGCUGCAAUUUACCCUAAUCUCUCUCUUCCCCUCCUCCUCUUACUCUCUCUUCUCUUCCCAUCUCUCAUUUUCAGCUCAACCCUUCAAAACCCAGAUCUUGUCGUUCAAGAAGUCCACAGGAAAAUAAAUGAGUCUAGGAGGAACCUAGGGUACCUUUCAUGUGGGACCGGUAAUCCAAUUGACGACUGUUGGCGGUGUGACCCAAACUGGGAACAAAACCGCCAACGGUUAGCCGACUGCGCAAUUGGGUUCGGUAAAAAUGCAGUCGGUGGUCGUGACGGUAAGAUCUACGUAGUAACUGACUCUGGUAACGAUAAUCCGGUAACUCCAAAACCCGGAACCCUAAGAUACGCCGUGAUACAAGAAGAACCCUUAUGGAUCAUAUUCGCACGUGAUAUGGUAAUCCAACUCAAAGAAGAACUUAUUAUGAAUUCGUUUAAGACAAUUGAUGGUCGUGGAUCAAGUGUUCAUAUAGCGGGUGGUCCAUGCAUUACGGUUCAAUAUGUAACGAAUAUAAUCAUACAUGGGAUUCACAUUCAUGAUUGUAAACAAGGAGGUAACACAAUGGUUAGAGAUUCCACGAAACAUUUCGGGUUUAGAACUUUGUCGGAUGGAGAUGGGGUUUCGAUAUUCGGGGGUAGCCACGUUUGGGUGGAUCAUUGCUCGUUGUCGAAUUGUCGAGACGGGUUAAUCGAUGCAAUUCAUGGCUCGACCGCGAUUACAAUCUCUAACAAUUACAUGACGCAUCACGAUAAGGUUAUGUUGUUGGGACAUAGCGAUUCUUACACGCAAGAUAAGAAUAUGCAAGUUACUAUCGCGUUUAAUCACUUCGGGGAGGGGUUAGUACAAAGAAUGCCGAGAUGUAGGCAUGGAUAUUUUCAUGUGGUGAAUAAUGACUAUACCCAUUGGGAAAUGUAUGCCAUUGGUGGGAGUGCUGCCCCUACAAUCAAUAGCCAAGGCAAUAGAUUUCUAGCUCCUGAUAAUAGAUUUAGCAAAGAGGUGACUAAAUACGAGGAUGCACCCGAAAGCGAAUGGAAAAAUUGGAAUUGGAGAUCUGACGGAGAUUUAAUGAUGAACGGUGCGUACUUUACCCAAUCGGGUGCGGGUGCUUCAUCAAGUUAUGCUAGGGCUUCGAGUUUGGGUGCGAGGCCAUCAUCCUUAGUGGGAACAAUAACUUUGAAUUCUGGUGCAUUGAAUUGUCGAAAAGGAUCACGUUGUUGAUCAUUAAAGGCCUAAUGGGAAAUCUUUUAUCAUAUUUGUUUUUUUGGAAUAUGGUGGUGCUUUAGAUUAUUAUUUUACUUUUUUUUGAAGUGAAAAAAUGGUGGGAAAAGAGGAGGGAACAAAUAGUUCAAAUUUAAAGAGUUGGGGAGGUUUUUUUUUUCACUUUUUACUAUCAUUUCGUUUUAACUUUUACACUUUUGUUGUUCAAAAUUACAACCUCGACCUGUUAUUCCUUUGCCUACAAUGUAUUGCUGGUGGGGUUUUAGUGAAGACAUGUUUGGAAGCGUUGAUUAUCAUAAUAUAUAUAUGUUUACUUUUUA